GAUGCUUAUUUGGGGAGGCUGUUGGUGGAUCUUGGGGAUAAGGUAAUGAUUAAUCCGGUCGGCGAGAAACUGGAAAGGCAAAAGAGCUUCUGGUCAGCCCCAGCGGAUGCCAGCUUCCCUGCAUUAUCUCAGCCGGCUGUUAUAAAUAGUGCCAACAGCGCAGCCGACAAAGGAAGAGCACAUGAUGGAAACUCAUAACGUAUGCCCAGAGAAUGUCUAAGUGGGUUUUGCAAAUCCUGAGGAGUCAUCAGAUCACUGCAUUUUGCAAAGGCUGCAUCGGGGCUCUCUUGCUUGCUUAUUUCAACAUAUUUGGAGUGUCAAAGUUCAAAAGAAGCAAAAGGGAAUUGCUCCAGCAAUAAAACAAAAUUUUAACUGGGUCAGACUGGAAGAGAGAGGAGGAAAAAGAAAGAAGAAAUGACAGAAAAAAGAGAAAGGAGUUUGAAAAGGAAAUUGUCCCUGAAGAACAAAUUGAUGAAGGAGGCUCUAGCUGAAUUCCUGGCCACAUUCAUCCUGAUAGCGGCCACAUCAACCCUGCUGUUUCAUUCGCCAUGUGCCUGACGGGAAAGAUGACAUGGAUCCGCUUUCCUAUUUAUGUCCUGGCACAAUUUCUGGGGGCCUUCGCUGGAGCCGCUGCAGUCUUUGGCAUCAACUAUGGUGCAUUGAUGUCCUAUACUGGUGGAGACUUCAACGUCACUGGUCCCAAAGCCACAGCCCAUAUAUUUGCAACCUAUCCAGAAGAGUAUUUGUCCUUGAUAAAUGGAUUUGCAGAUCAGGUGAUGUCCACGGCCCUCCUCCUCCUGGGAGUCUUUGCAAUCUUUGACACGAACAACCUGGGCAUCCCCAAAGGGCUGGAGCCCAUUGGCGUGGGGAUGCUCAUCAUCCUCUUGACCUCUUCCAUGGCCCUGAACUGUGGCUGCGCCAUGAACCCUGCCAGGGACUUGGCCCCCCGACUUUUUACCUACUUUGCUGGGUGGGGGCCAGAAGUCUUUACGACUGUGCCACAUGCAACCAGUAUGAACUCACCAAGAUGGAGGAGGAUAAACAGCGCCAAAGGGCCAGCUCUCCUUGACCUCCCAACCACCGACCCCAUUGGAAAAAACAGACUGGGAUCCCUCACUGCUUGCCCAUCCUACACAUCCCAGAGCAAUGGCCCUUGGCACACAGAGAAACAGAAUCAUUGCCAGAUGGGAUUGUGGCAGAAAUCUCAUCCUCUCUCUCACUGGAUCUGGGAAAACUGGACCCAGCUAUACAAGGAAACAUCUUAUUUUUCUUGGUCCUUUUUGGAUCCAUCAGCCAUUCCCAAACUAGAGUGCUUCCUCCAUGGUUUGGACUGCAGUGCCCAUAACCAAAAGUCCAAACCAUUUGGGGCGCACUCCAGUUUGGGAGAGGCCAAUGAACACCAAAAGGUACACCAUGCCUUCCAGAGCUUCAUAGUUCAAAUCUUCACUAGAUGGGGAUUAUGGGAGUUGUCAUCCAAGCCAUGGGUGGCUGGGGUUAUGGGUGCUAUAGUCAAUUCCAUAUGGAAGGCAUCUUGGCUUGGGGGAUGUUGUGCUACACGUUGUGGCUGAGGAUGGUUCAAUGGAGUAUCCAUGUUCAAAGGCAAUCUACCUCUAUAUAACCAAGGGCUUGGAAACUAAAAAGAGAGAUUACCACUCCAAGGAUCUCACAGAUCUUUUGCAACACUGCUGCUGCCGGUGGGGUAAUUCUGGGAAUUGUAGUGCAGAAAAGAAAGCUAGUCCACCCAAUUUCAUGGUCUCCCUGCGCAGCCAGUGGGGUUACAGGACUCCAGCUUUGCUUGGUUUGUUGCUAGCAACUUGGAAGAGACAAAGAACCAUUGCUGAGCCUGCCUCCUUCCACAAGCAUCUCCUCAGCCCUUGCACCGCUGGGGCUCCUCUCCAGCCACCGUUCCUGGAACUACUCAGAACCACAUCCCUUUCUGACAGGUGAGUCAGAGGCAGCUCUGAGGGUGCCCUUCCCCAGCCUCCCAAAAUCCAGCCUGUGGGCCUACAGGUAAGCUCUCUUCUUCCCCAUCAGGCCAACCAAAAUGGACAAAAUACAUGAUGCAAACUUAUGUUGGCCCAAUCAAUGUAAUGAUUUUCUGUGGAUUUGGGAUUUGUACAUUGUUCAAAUUUAUAUGUUGCACAUUCCUAUGUGGCCAACAUGGCUACCCAUGGAUAACUUUUGAAAGUAACUAGAACUGUUACUUGUGACAUCAAUAAAGUUAACUUCACUAUCAC